AUGGGCGAGACAUACUACGUGCUUCCGCACCCCCGCUCGCCACGCGCACAAAUCGCCCUCUCGGGCCUCGUGCAGGCCGCGGCCGUGCGGCGCGUGUACGCACUCGCACGCUACGUGGCGCGCGCACACGGCGAGCCCAAGCUGUGCCUCCUGGCCCCCCUCGUGGAGCACGAGUAUGAUGGAUUCUACAUGGUGCGCGUGCCCUUCCGCGACGACGUGCACCGCUGGGCCUUUCCGCCGCUCGAUCGCGUGGUGACGAGUACGGGACACACGGUGCGCACGCACCCCACGAUCCCGACGCCCGAGCAGCAGGCACAGAUGGACGCCCUGGUCGAGCAGAUGGACCUGAUGGACAUGGACGACCACGGCGACGAGGAAGGCUACGCCCCGGCCAUCCACGGGACCAAGCAGGCUAUCAAGCACCGCUACCUGCACCCUGCGGCGCCGCUGCCGCCCCUCCCCCCCAGCCUUUCGGCCUUCCUGCACGCGCCCCCGCGUGCCGAGGCGCGCGCCCGGCCCGUGCGAGAAGCAUGUGCAGCGCUCUUUGCUGCGCGGCCGGCGCCUGCAAAGCGCGAGCCGACGGUACAGCCCCCGCCGGCGGCCGGCGGCGACUCGGACGCGACACCGCCCGAGGACGGCAGCGCGCCCGACGACUAUGUGCGCAUCGACGAGGUCGGCGACCUCCGCUACACGCACGCCGCCAGCGACUUUGCGGCGUUGGUCUACUCGACCGAACGCGUCUCGGAGACGUGCCAGGGCAUGUCGCAGCUCCUCCUGCGCUGGCUCGACCGCGAGCCGCCGCUCGGCGACGUCGUGCCCGCACUGCACGCCUACCGCUCGGCCGCGCGCCAGCUGGACGAGUCGCUCACGUGGAACACGUACGUGCCCCGCGCUCACCGCAGGUUCGUGCGGGCCUUUCACGCCAAGGCACGGUCGCGCGCACCCGAUGUCUGGCGCGCCCUGCGUGGGCGCCUGGACCUCGGGCUCAUUACCGCGCGCGAAGAUGCGUCACACCGCUCGACCGAGACGCCCGAGGCAGCCGCCGCCCUGGUCGCUCCGUAG